GUGAGGCCGACGCCCGCGGCGCGCUCGUCUCCGACGCCGCCUACGCCUCCACCCCCGCCUGCGCCCACGUCCGGCCCCGCCCCCGCUCCUGCCCCCGCCCCGGCGCCGCGCAAGGCGCUGGCCGCGCUGGCGACGCAACUGGAAGCGCUGGUGGGGGCGGAGGCCGUCACGGGGGCGGGCCACCCGGACGAGCGCCUGGUGCGGCUGCUGGCGCUGCAGAGGCUGCAGCAGCUGCUCUCCACGCCCGUCACCGCCCCCGCCCCCGGCCCGGCACCCGCGCCGCUGCCGCCGCCGGCGGAAGCAUGCGCCGCCCCGCCGCCGCCCUCGCUGCCGCUGCCUCCGCCACCGCCGCCGCCCCGGGUGCGUGCGCGCGCCCUGCUCUGCCCGCUCACCGGCCGCGGCCCGCCCUGCGCCAUGUCCUACCGCACGCUCAGCGUGGGCACCGGUGCCGACAACGACGUGGUACUCAUGCGUUACGGCCACUGCAACUUCGUCUCGGCGAAACACGCGGCUAUCUUCUUCGACGAGACGACGCAACACUUCGAGCUGCUCAACUACAGCGAGCACGGCACCACGGUGGACAACGUGCUGUUCUCGUGCGACUUCUCGGAGAAGCCCCCCGCCUGUGCGGCGGCGGCGGGGCCAGUGCCGGCAGCCGGGACGGCAGAGGCGGGCGCGCGGCGGCGCGCGACCCGGGCGGCGAGCCGAGGCCGCUGGCGCGGCGGUGCCCCGCCGCCCGAGCUGGACCAGCGGCGCGGCCGCACCCGCGCGCCCUCGCCGCCGCCCCCGCCGCGCAUGGCGCCCGACUCCGGCAAGGACCUGCGGCGCUGCGGCUGCCGCGGCAGCGGGUCCACGCUGAUCGGCGGGGGCGGCGGCGCGGGCUGGGAGGGCACGGCGCUGCUCGCCCACGGCUCCUUCGUGCGCUUCGGCUGCCUGCAGUUCGUGUUCAGCGUCACCGACCACGCGCCCGCGUGCUCGGCAACGGCGCCUCCUCUUCCUCCUCCUCCGCCCCGACAUUCGACCCCGCCUCUCCUGACGCCCGCCGGACCCGCGCACUCCUCCCACACCCUCGCCCCCGCGCACCUCCAACCCUGAGGGCGGCGACGGCGGUGGCUGCGGCGGCGGCGCCGGGGCGGGUCCCUGGACGGCGCCGGCGCCCUCGCCCUCGACUGCUGCCUCGAUCACGGUUUUGUACCCCACUCGUAUUGUACUAUUUUGUCUUGAAUGCUGAGUUUAUUAAAAGAGAUUUGUUUCUAUUUCAUACUUCUGGUCGCUUUACUGCAUGGCCGCAUGGCUGUGCUCAUGUCCUUGUGUUAGAAGCUGCAUACAUUUCGUCAUUCUAUGUGUAAGAUUCUUUUGUGUAUAAAAACAUGUCUGAGUGGAAGACGUAGAUAUAAUCAUGCAGUUAAAUUUCCAGUGUAACCAAGAAAGAAACAUAGAGGAA